AUGGGUGGCAAUAAAUUAUUCAAUUUAAUCUAUUUUAAUUCAAACCAUAAUUUCGAUAAUGGUAGCCACGAUUUUGAAAAAAUUAUACCCACAGAUAUUGAUGAAUGGAAGUCAAUACUGAUCAGUCUUCAUACUUCGGAUAAUUCACACAUGUGCACUAGUAAGAUGUGUGAAAAGCUAAGUCUCCAGUAUCACAUUGAAAAUCUUGAAAAUGAUGUGAUACAAAUAAUUCAAGCAUGUACCUCUUGUUCUCCAAAUGAAAGUAUUUACAAUAAUUCUGGUAAUACUUCUGCCCUGGUUGCCACCUACUAUGGAAACUCGAACACCUUUACAUCAUCAAGCCCAAGCAUGUCAACAAUAGCUAAUAACAUAUCCACAAUAGCUGCUGCAACUAAAAAUAACAAUAAUAAUUCUAUGUUUUCAUUAUUACCAACAAGCAGUGGCAGUAUUUCAUCUUUGCUACCAAAUUUAGAUUUGAGCCAACCAAUUGAACUUACAGAAGAUAACGGUGUGUCAAUUUUGGCAGUAUCAAACAAUAAGCAGCAUGGCUUGAUAAAUCUAAAUUUAUCAAAACUUAUUGUACAGUUCAAAUCAAACCAUAAUGUUAAAGCUCUCAGCUCAUAUACAUAUGAGUAUAUAUGUAACAAUAUAACAUCAUUUAAUUAUAUGUACACAUCAUACAUUAGCAAUUAUCCUAAAUAUAUUAACUGGGAUAAAAUUAAACAAUUUGUAUUGAUGAUGUCAUACGCCGAGUGUAUGAAGCAUACCUUUGGAACAACAAAUUAUUUUACUGAUAAUUUGGACGAUGUUUCUAAAAGAAUUCCAGUAUAUUCGAUCGAUAUUGAAAUCUCACGAACAUAUGGUACAUCUUGUUAUCAUGUAAUUAGAAAUGCAGAGAUAUUUUUACGACAAUGUAUCAAUCCGAUCGCCACCGAAUGUCACAGCAUUGAAAAUUUUAAUAUCUUUGUCUCAGAUGAUCACCCAACUCCAACUUUACCAUGUUUACAAAUUCUAUCACAAGCUUACACAAUAUCAGUGCUUAGAAAUCAAAUCAAUGAGACAUAUAUCAACAAAAUGAAUCAAGAUGCUGUAGAAUCACUUCAAGCAUUCCAAGCCCUUCUUAUGUUUAUACAAAAUAGAGUGUUGCCACCCGGUAUUGGGUACAACUUAAAAACUAAUUUGUUCAACAUUAACGAUGGGUGCACUGGUAUACCACAAAAUCAACUAGCAGAGAUAAUAAUAUAUGACAAGAAGCUUAAAUGUCAAUAUUCAUUUUAUAUUAAUAAUAUUAUUUAUAUAUCUUCGAAAGUUCCAAGUGACCGUACCAUACAAAAGUUCAUAGUAAAUGAAGAUAGAUUAAGUACUGACACUCGCUCUGAAUCCGAUCCAUUCGUACUGUUAUAUUUAACUCCUGCUGGAUUUAAUAUUUAUACAUCAUGUACAUCGUUUGUGGUAAAUAGAUAUGACAAAUAUGGAGAUAGUAUCGCCGAUAAAUAUCAAACAACAUUGAAGCCAUUCGAAAUUAUAACUAUUCCAUCUACAGAGUUUAGUCAUUAUCACUGUAUUGAGAAUGAAUACAUGAUAAUUACAUAUAUAGUCAACAUCAAAACAUUUAAACAAUAUAAAGAUUCCUCCUCGACCAUAGACACACCUUCACCAGCUUCAAUAAUAGCAAAUAUGAAUAAUAAUAAUAUUAAUGGUACAAAACCUGAUAAAGAGUAUUUAUUUACGUCCCUUAAUAAUAUACCAGCAAAAAAAGAAAUAGUGGAAGUCUCUAACACGAGAAAUGAUAUUAUAUUCAAUAUGGUCAAUGUAAACAAUAUUAAAAACAAUAACAUCAGUACCAAUAAUGAUAAUAAUAAUAUUACAAUCAUUUCUUUUCCUAAAUCAGGUGGACCAGAUCAAAUAGGAUGUUCAUUAUACAGACUAUCUAGUAAACAAUCAAUAUACAUAUAUCGUAACAUUUUGGCCAAUUACGAAAGACAAGGUGUCAUAUCAAAAGAUGAAUAUGAUGACCUUAAAAAUUAUAAUUACCAUAUGUUUCAUAUACCUAAAAAAGAUGAUGGUGAUGACCGCAAUAUUAAAAGGCAAAGAAAAGAUGAUGGUCCUGAUCCACCUAAAUACUCCAAUCUGAAUAUUGGCGGAUUUAAUCCUUUCAAUGGUGGAGCUGGAGGUAAUAAAUUCAAUGGUGGAGCUGGAGGUGGUGGAGCCAAUUCUUUCAAUGGUGGAGCUAGAGGUGGAGCCAAUCCUUUCAAUAGUGGAGCUGGAGGUGGAGGAGCCAAUAUAUUCAAUAGUGGAGCUGGAGGUAAUCCUUUCAAUGGCGGAGCCGAAACGAACAGGGUUCAAAAUACCAACAUUUCAAAUAUUUCUAUGAAUAAUGGCAAUGGUUGUGAUGGAGGUGGAGGCAAUCCUUUCAAUAGUGGUAGUUACUUAAAUGUAAACGAUUGUCGUGAUCCUCACAAUGAACAUCGAGGUAACAGUGGUAAUGAUGCUCCACAAACAACUACAACAACAUCGUUUUUUACACCUCAAUUUCGUGUUCCAACUUUCAAAUCUUCAAAUUUUACCAAUAAUAUAGCAAACAAUCAUAAUAAUAACAAUAACAACAAUAAUAAUAACACUAUUUCGGCGAAUGCAUUAUUUGAUGACGACCAGGACCAAGGAUCUUCUCAAGAGAAAGAAGAACAGGAACAAGGAACAACUAAUAUCCAACAGAAAACGAAAAACUUUUUUACCAAUAUAUUACACGCUGCUAACCCUCUCGGCGCUCACGUACAUGCUGAUAGCCCGAAACAAAAGGAACAACAGUAUGCAAAAUUAGAACGAGAUACAGAAAACAAGGAGAAAGCAGAAACCGAAAAACGCAAACUUGAAAGCGAUUUAUAUGCAACACAUUCUGCAUUACAGAUAUCUGAUUCUAAUUACAAAAUACUACAGCAAUCACAUGAUAGAGUUAAAAACCAACUAUCGCAAACGGAGACAGCUUUUGAACAAUAUAAGAUACAUUGUGAACAAGAAAUUGCCAAUUACCGUCACCAAUUAGAUAAUGCAAACGCUGAUGUUCAUUCAUUGUCAGAGAGAUGUAAAGAAUAUCAAAAAGUUAAUUCGGAAUUAAACAAAAUUCAUCACAAUUUUAUUUCAAACCUUAAAAGUGAGACGGCACAAACCAAAGAGUAUCGAGAUGAAUUAUUGUCAACAGUGGAAAAUCAGUCAAUUAAACUCAAUGAGCUUGCUAAUGAAAGACAGAAAUUGAUAUCGAUCGCCGAAACUAAUCAUAAGAGUAUUUUACAGAAGCAAGCAGAACAUUUUAAUACUUUAUUGUUGGAUAGAGAUUGGCAGAUUCAAUCAAUUAAGGAGAAACACAAACAGGCAAUAGAUAAUAUUAAAAAAGAAUAUAGUACAGCACUCAACGAUCAUUUAGUGAAAAAUAAGCAAUACAUCGAAAUUAUUAGUAAACAGCACAGCACCCACAUGGCAAUUAAGAAUGAAGAGUGUAUUAAUUUAGUUAGUAAAUUAGAAGAGAAUAUGAAGGAGUUCGCCAUGUUGACCCAAAAUAAUAAAGAGCUUACAGAUCGCUACAAUGAAAAGCUGGAUAUUAUAACUAAUUUAAAUGCGCAGUAUUCUAAAUUAGUAAGUGAAGUCAAAGAAGUCAAUGCAAAUCUCAGUAUAUACAAUUUACAAUCAAAUCAACUCCGUAUAAAUAUCCAAACCACAUUGGAUGAAAUUAAUUCCAUUAUUGAAAUUAUUCAAUUUUAUACACACGCUCAAAAUAACAAUAAUAACAAUAUGCUCGAUGUUGAACCUAUUGAUAUUAUAAUGGAUAUUGGUAAUCGCUGUCAAAAUUUGGAAAAAAGAAUCAAAUAUGAAUUAGAUGUCAACACAACAGAACAAGAAGCGCAAUAUGUUAAAGAGUAUUUCAACAACAUACAGCCAUAUAAAGAUGAAAUACGAGCAUUUGAACAAAAACUUCAAUACGCGAAAAGAAUAGAAGGAAAAGCGCUAGCUUUGAAUGAAAUAGAAGACAUAAAACAUCAGUUGGUUUUAUCAAAAGAAAAGCUCUAUAAUGUUGUAAAAGAUGAAACAAAAUUGAUAUGUGCACCAAUAAUGUUAAAAGUUGAAAAUACUUUCCAACACCAUCCUGACUUUUCGCCAAUUGUAGCCAACUAUAUAAUUGCACUACAAAAGUCAUUUGAUAACUACUCAAAUUCACUCGCAAACUACAUCUGCUAUGUCAACGAUAUAUCAUCUACAAAUACUAUAAAUAGAGCCGUAAAGCGUGGUAUGGAAUUAGCCAAAAUCGAUGUUGUGAGUGCUGUAGAGAAACAUCAAUUAGAAUCCUUGAACAACAAAGAAAUAUACACUAUAUAUAGAUCCGCAAAUAAUGUCAAUUCAGCUGUAAAAUCACGUCGUUUGAAUAAUGGUCUUGUGCAACAUACAAUACAAAUAAUCGAUACUUUUGAUCCUUCUAAGUUACCCUUACCUUUCCAAUCACCAUUGACCGAAAAUGAUUAUUUUAAUAUCCAAAAGUAUCUUCAGCAGCAUUUUAAUUCAGAACAACCAUCAUAUAUCAAAGAUGAUAUUAAUAGAGUUACCGAAAUAGAGGAAUCCAAUAUUAUAUCUCAACAAUUACAAAAACCCCAACCCCAACCAUAUCGAGAUCACAUUGCGAAAAUCCAAGAUUAUAAUUCUAUUCCCCAACUAGUAGCUACUGGAACACAUGAAACCGAACAAGUAAUUCAAGGAGCUCGGAGUGCUGAGGAGGAUGAGAGAUUAAAUAGUAGUGAUGAAGAAAACGAAGAGAUGAAAAAUAUUGAAGAGGAAGAAGAAGACGAAAAAUCAACUGGCAGUACGAGUGUAGACACGGAUGAGGAAGAGGAUAGCCAAAGUACAGGUAGUGGCGAUGGAUCAGAUUAA